UUUCAUAAACCAACUCAUGAGCCACUGUAACAAGCAUAGUCUACUGGUUCCAAGCCACGGUUUUAGGUCAACAAGAAAGAAAUUCACUUGGUCUCAGUCUCUUAGAUAAUUUUUUUCCUGUUAAGGCAAAUCGAGUAAUUUACAACGGGAAACAUGAAAGUUCCACCAAACCAGUCUGAGGAACAGAUUGUCAAUAACUCUGUUGAUGGCAAUAAUGCAGAUUCUGAUGAUGGAUUGAAUGAUGGCCCACAUUCACCAAGUCGGGAAGGAGAUUUUUCAGAGUACAUGUGGAUGGAAAAUGAAGAAGAAUUUGAAGAACAAAUAAUGCUGCAGUUGGAAGAAGAAGCACUUGUACAACAGUGUAUUGAUGAUGUGUGUGCAGAAAUGGAUCUUUACAUUGCCUCAUUAAAUGAUGAAACAGCUAAUGGAAAUGCUACACACAAUGGUUCAGCAGCUGAUGCUCUUACUCAGGAGCUGCAGAACCUUACUGUUGAUGAUAAUGCUGCACAGUCGAGCAAAUUAAAUCCUGAUGCUGCAGAGUUUGUCCCACGAUUUGGGUCUUCAUCAUCGUCAGUCACAAAAAAGGAAGAUGAACUAUAAUUAAGUAAUUGACUGAUGAUACUUGCUAUUGAAACUUGUUUAUCAUUUUUAGCAACUGUGCAUAAUCGAGUGGAAUCUCAACAGUGUACUUUGAUGCAAGGUGUAUGGCUUAAUUAUUAUAAUUUUUUUUUUUUGUAUGAGGUGACCAGCUUAUGUUGUUAGUGAUGUGAAUAUCAUAGCUUUUUUGAAUUUGGUGCCUUGAUUUUGUUUUUCAUCUUAUCUGCUUUUCUCCACUAUUUCCAGGGUUGGUGUUGAUGUUAUGAUUAUGUUGGGUAUUUUUUCUCCUUUUGUAUUUCCAUGUAUCCUUUAUUUCUAGAUUGUUGUGUACCUUAACUCUUGUACUAGAGCAAACAUCUCGACUCACUCUUAAAAGGAACUCUAAUCUUUGACAUUCAUAAUUUCCUAUCAUGUCGAAUUGUACUUUAUCUGUAUGUAAAUAAAUUGUAAAUUUAAAAACAA